CCGGACAGCUGAUCUUCCAACCAUCAGUAAUCACAGACUUGCGUCAAAAGCACAAAUCGAUCACAAUUACCAAAUUCAAAAUGUUCACCAAGCUGUUCAUCGUGGUCAGUGCUGUGGUCAUCGCCUGUGCCCAUGCCAAACCAUCCGGCCUGGUAGCCCCGGUUGCUUACUCGGCCCCGUUAGUGGCGGCUCCGGCGUUUGCCCCGGCCGUUGCCUACACCGCCGGAUAUGCCAACGUUGGAGAUUCGGCCGUCGUGAGUUCGUACAACUCCCAGGUCAUCAAUCCAGCAUUUGCCGCCUAUACGGCUCCGCUUGCUUAUGCAGCCGCUCCGUUAGCUUACACUGCUCCACUGGCGGGAAGAGUACUGCUGAUCAUCCUAGCGAUCGCUGUUACUGCCGCGGUUGCCGUACCUUACACCCGAUCUUUUCCGGUGGUUGGUGCUGUUGGUCCGUCUGUGUUUGCUGCUCGUAGUUUUCCCUAUUCGACCGUUGCUAGUCCUUACUCUAGCUACGCUUCUCCUGCCGCUGUCGGGGCGUACAGUAGCCCCUAUGCUUACUCCAUCAGAGCCCCAUUCACCUACACCAACUGGGGCGGUGUGUCUCCGUAUACUGUGUACUAGGAUCCA